AUGAGUGAGUCCAGCCCCCAGCUCCCAGGGGACGUUGAAACCAAGAACCAGUCGACGAAAGUCGACAACGUCAAGCCGCCGGAACAAUUCAAACCGGAGGAAUUGCACCCGGCACCCGAGCUUUUCGACGGAGAGCAGCUCUGCGAAUGGUCCAACGAUACCGUGCCCCCGAAAGACCGCAAGGUCAAAUUGAUCCGCCGCGUCCAGACCAACACCGAGUUGGCCCACAAGGUGUGGCUUGGCGGGUGGGCGUUGUGUGUGGUGGCAGGCACGAUCUCGACCCUCUGGUGGUUGUUGCGGUUCAAGAAUAAGUGGUACAUCAACUCGUUGAUCUACCGAUUGGCGUGGGUGGGGGCCAUUGCCGCGUUGACGGUGACGAUGAUCCGUAAAUUUGGCUUGGCGACGAUGCCGUCGUUGACGAUGAUGGCGACGCAAGUGAACUUCAACUACUUGGUGUUGGCCAACGUGUGGUUGCUCACGUUUAGACUGGUGUUUAAGAUUGUGCCUUACAUCUUGUUGGGGGUAUUACAUUUAGCCGAGGAGUUCAAUGUCGUACCUAUCCUCAAACAAUCGAGUCAGAUUGCCCAGGUGAUCGCGUUUGACGAAUUGUUCCUCAUUGUUUACUUAUUCUUGCGGACGAUUUUGGUACAACAGACCCUGGGGUUCCAGUUGGCCAUCUACCUCGUGUUCUACUGGAUGCGAGUGUUAUUCAACAACGACACUAAAGUCUUGUUUUCCACCCUUAUUAAGAAAGUGGACUGGAAAACGAGAAACAUCAAGAACAAACACUUCCAAAAGUACUGGAAGUCAUUCAAGAAGUUCGUGUACGCUAAGCAAACCAGUGAAAGUUUCUUGUAUAAGGAGGAACUCCAAGAAAAUGAUGAUAUGCCCAGUGAUGACGAUGGUGAUGAUGAUGUCGGCACUGCAACUGGCAGUGGUACCGCCGCUAACGGUACCGCCGUUGAUAACAAGCUCCCGAGCCCCAGUGUGUCCGACACUACCAGUGGAAUUACGACUACCAACACCAACGGCAAUGCGUUGUCAGCUCAGCAAACGGAACGGUCACAAGUGUCGAUGAAAACGGCGCAAACCUCCCACACUAAAGGGUCGCGCCGUCUGGCAGCCAAGGCCUUCUUUAAACAUCUGCACUCGGUGCUGCGUCUGAACCUGGCCAAACUGAACAAACUGAACAAACUGCUGAGUUUGGGUCCCGACGACGUGCUGAUCAAGCGCAAGUAG